GAUCACAGAUCGGUUCUACAGAUGAUCAAAAGGGCAAUCCUCGCCACAGACCUCACCGUCUACAUGGAGAGAAGAAAAGAGUUCUUUAGCCUCUCUAAGAAAAGAAAAGUGAACUGGAAGAGCGAGAAACAGAGAGAUUUAUUGAGGUCGAUGCUGAUGACAGCCAGUGACCUCUCUGCUAUCACGAAGCCUUGGCAUGAACAACAAAGAAUCGCCAACCUGGUUUCCAUGGAGUUCUUUGCACAGGGGGACAAAGAGAAAGAAGAGUUCAAAAUCAAGCCUGUUGGCAUCAUGAACAGAGAGAACAGUACUCGUCUGCCAUACAUGCAGGUUGAAUACAUUGAUGACAUCUGCUACCCACUCUACAAGGCUGUGUCAACACUGUUUGACUCCUGCUUCCCACUAAUGCUCGGUUGCAAAAAGAACAGAGAAAACUGGCUGCUUCUUGUUAAAGAAGCGGAAGAAGAAAGUGAAAACAGUUUUUGUAGCAUUCCUCUGGAAACACAUGGAAACGACGUGGGGAAGUUGCAGACUGAGGAGUAGAAGACCGGACAGAAGAUUGUUCUUCUUUUGGAAACUUCAUCACUAAAUACAAACCUGAUACCCACACAUCAGAGCUUUGUCUGACACUACAUGUUAUAUAUGAUUUACAAUAUUCUUGUACAGUAAUGUGAGCCAUGCUGCAUGAUGUUUUGGACUUUUCUGAACUCUGUAAUGAAUGUAAAUGUUCAAAAUCAUAAAGACAUGUUUGUGUAGCCACAUCCAAUCAAACCAGAAGGUAACUUUUUGUGAGUGGCUGUUGUCUGCCCUGGUUUGUCAUCAGAGUAGAUAAAGAAAUAAAGUUUCUUAGAUAACUUUUA